UCCCAGAUGCCACUGUUGCAUAAGUAAGUUAGCCAUACCCUGUAAGCAGACAUUUCCUGUCCUGACCUCCCAGUCCCAAAUAACCACUCAGCUGUUGCUUCCCAAAUAAUUAACUCUGAGGCUUAAUAUUACUUAUAAAUAUUUGGCCAGUAGCUCAGGCUUUUUUACUAACUAGCACUUACACUUAAAUUAACCCAUAAUUCUUAUCUAUGUUUAGCCACAUGGCUUGGUACCUGUUCUCGGUAGGGUAUUCUCAACUUGCUUCCUCUGUGUCAGGCUGGCGACUCUCUGACUCCGCCCUUCCACUUCUCUGCAUUCUUAGUUUGGUUGCCCCACCUACACUUCCUGCCUGGCUACUGGCCAAUUAGUGUUUUAUUAAACCAAUUUGAGUGACAAAUCUUUAUAGUAUACAAGAGCAUUAUUCUGCAGCUUUUUCCCACACCAGGUAUUGGAGAUAAGCUCUCAGAUAUGGCAAGACAACAAGAUCAGCUUCCUGCUACCCAGGAUCAAGGUAAUCUGAUUAAUGGCUUUGUAUCCUAUCUACUACCUUUGCUACACUCCUAACAUGUAGCAGCCUCAAUUAUGCCUAGUCAGACACUCCACUACUUUAAAAGUAUAUAAAGGUAAGGAAUUGCCUUUGUCCUAAAGGUUAUUGUUGGAUCUUUUAGCCAAGCCUCUCCUACCAUUGGUGGCAUCUGUAGUUAAUGGAUAUUUCACCUGAACAGAAAAGAAAAAAAUAAUAAAUGACAGUAUAUGAUGGUGAAGAUGUGGGGAAAGAGGAACCUAUAUACAUUACUGGUCACAAUUUGAACUGGUAUAGCCACUAUAAAAAUUGGUCCAGAGGGUUUUAUUCUUUUAAUUACAAGCAUAGUGAUGGGUCCUAUCACAGGACCCAGCUACACCACACCUGUAAAUAUACCUAAAGGACUCUAAGUCCUACCACCACAGACACACUUGCAUAUAAAUGUUUAUUUAGUUAGCCAUAAGGAAAAAUGAAAUUGUGACAUUUUCAGAAAUAAUGGAUUGAGCUGGAAGUCAUUAUGUUACACAAAAUAAGUCAGAUUCAGAAAGACAAAAACCACUUGUGUUUUUUUAUAUGCAAAACCUGUAUUUACUUGCAUGUGUGUGUUUGUGUGUGUGUGUGUGUGUGUGUGUGUGUGUGUGUGUGUGUGCACAUGUACACACGUAUAGGUUGUGAAACUAGAAAGGGGACCAUUUGACGUAAAAGAAAAGUCUUAGGGGAAGGGAGAGGUAGUGGAAUACAAGUGAUAUGAAAGACAAUAAAGACUAUUGGGGAGAAAGAAGGGGAACAGCUUGACGGGGACAGGGAGUGAUGAAGAGCAGUGCGGAAGGAGAGAUGAAUAAGAACAAAGGAUGUAUGAAAAUGCUUUAAUGAAACCAAUUACUUAAUAUGGGAUCUAUCUUAGUCAAUGUUUAAUUACUGUGAAGAGACACCAUGACCAUGGCAACUCUUAUAAGAGAAAGCACUUAAUUAGGGACUGGCUUACAGUUUCAAAGGUUUAGUCCAUUAUCAUCAUGGCAGGAAGCAUGGUGCUGCCAAAGUAGCUGAGAGUCCUACAUCUAGAUCCGCAGGCAAGCAGGAAGAGAAAGACAUUGGCCUGGCCUGAGCAUUUGAAACAUCAAAGCCCACCACCAGUGACACACUUCCUCCAAUAAGGCCACACCUACUCCAAUAAAGACAUACCUCCUAAUUCUUUCAAAUAGUGCCACUCCCCAGUGACCAAGCAUUCAAAUCUAUGAGCCUAUGGGGGCCAUUCUCAUUCAAACCACCACACUAUCUUAUUUUCUUUUACAAAGAGUCAUCACACUAUACCCCCAAACCUUCAGAAUCCAAUCUCUGUAUUUCUUGAAAUGCACAAAGACAAACACGCCAAUAGCACAUGGGGAAAAAAAAUACGGAAGUUGACUGAAUAAUGCCAGGGACUCCUGGCUAUUAUGAAUAAUGUAGCAUUUCCUAUUAGCAGGUAGUUAAAAACAACAACAACAGGAGGACUUUUGAAAAAUAAGCUAAACAUGGGCUGGGGACAUGGGCAAAGUGCUUGCUUCAGAAACAUGAAGACUUGAGUUCAGAUACCCAAACUCAUGCAAAGCUGUGCAUGGUAGCAGGCAUCCACAAUCAUAUCACUCCUGUUUUAAGAUGGAACAUGGAGAAAGGAGAAUUCCCAGAAACUCACAGGCCAUCUAGCCCAACAUAUGCAGAAGUGAACAACAAAGAGAUCUUCUUAAAUAAUGUGGAAGGCAAGGAUGUCCUCUGACCACAUGUGGGCAAAAGGCAAUUGGGUCUCUACAAGACACCGAGCACACCAUCAAGUGUAGAUUAGCAAAGAAUUGAAAAUCCAAAAUAAGAGCUGAAAACAUUAAUUAGAAGAUAGGUUUUUAUGACUUUAUUAUGCAUUACUGAGGCUUGCUAUGCUUUAUUAGACAAAGCAGAAUAGCCAUAAAGACAAAUGUAAAAAGCACUUCUUCCAAUUUGAGAGACACACAACUUCUUUGUUGUUGUUGUUGUUGUUGUUGUUAAUAUUGUUUAAUUUAAAGCAUUUUCCAAGUAUCCUGCUUGAUUUGAGGGAUCCAAUGUGGAGUAUAAAUAAAAUAACAAAUCAGAAGAAUUCUGAGUUAGAAAUAGUGGGAGUGGGUGUCCAAAUUAAAUACAUUAAUCAGAAGCUAAUUUUUAGGGUGCUGACUUUUAAGCUGAAUGUAACGAAUAGGAAAGUACCAGCUUUGUUAGAUAAUCGUAUAAGAUGUAUCCUUUCAAUAACCCUGAGCAUUAAAUUCUAUUGUUUUCUUAAUUUUGCAGAAAAAGUAACAGAGACUUAUAAAAGGCUUACAUGCACAAGCAUAAGAACUAGAGUGCAGGCAAACUUGGACUGGGACUCAAAUAUAGAAGACCCCCAAACAUAAUGGGGUUGGAAAACACGCCCUUUAGUGUUUUGGGCUUCCUCUAAUACUGUAUUCCUAGAACUUACAUUGAUAAAUACAGCCUCAAGGGAGUGGAUAUUUGAGGCCAGAAAAGAAGGAUCUCUCCUUAUGGACAAAUGAAUCAAUUGCUAAUUUCAAGAUUAUUAUUAAGGAAGGUGUUAAAUACUGUGAAUCAGAAACAUACCAAGUAAAUAUGGAGCUAAUUAUUAUUUUCAUUUGGACAUGCCUUCACAUGAUGCAGGAUAAUAAUUUCUCCACUUCAGUAAUGCUGAUGGUUAAGAAGCUUAAAGUCAAACCUACUUUGGUACGUAGGAAAAAUAGAUUUUUUUAAAUAAUAAAAUAUAAUAAGAUAAAACAAAAACUGACACAUCAGGAUUGGACAAAACAAACAGAAGGAAAAGAGCCCAAGAGGCGGCCACAAGAAUCAGAGACCCAUUUGUCCGCACACUCAAGGAUCUCAUAAAAACACCAAACUGGAAGCCAUAAUAUAUACACAGAAGACCUGUUGCAGACUCUUGCAGACCCUGUGUAUGCUGCCUCAGUCUCUGUGAGUUCAUAUGAGCUUUGAUCAUGUUGAUUUAAAGGGCCUUGUUUUCUUGGUGUCCUCUAUCCCCUCUGGCUCUUACACUCUUUCUGCCUCCUCCUCCUCAGAGUUCCCUGAGCCCCAAGGGGAGGGAUUUGAUGGAGACAUGCCACUUAGGAUUGAGUGUUCCAAGAUCUCUCACUCUCUGCACAUUGUCUAGCUGUGAGUCUCUGUUAUAUGUUCUCAUCUGCUGCAGGAGGAGGUUUCUCUGAUGAUGUCUGAGCAAGGAAUUGAUCUAUGAGUGUAGCAGAAUGUCAUUAGGAGUCAAUUUUAUUGCUAUGAUUUUUAAUUUUUUAGACCAGUAGUAUUUGGUUUUACCCUAGGUCCCUGGGAUAUCUAGUCUCUGAUUCUUGGUCACUCAAGCAUUGCCAGGUAUCAGUCUUGAGGAUAUCAAGGUAUCAGAUAUUGUUGGUAACUCCCACAAGCUUUGUGCCACCAUUGCCCUAGAGUAUCUCACAGGCAGGACAGCAUUAUAGAUCAAAGGGUCUGUGGCUGGCUUAGUGUUUACACUUCUCUUUUGGUAGUGUUCAGAGUACAUUCCUGUACCAAGACACUAGAACAUAGGAGUGAAGGCUCUAUGUAGGCACCAGCUCGACUUCUCCAUGUUCAAUGAAGUUGUAUAGGUGCUGUCUUCAGCAAUGGGGACUUGUCAUCAGUUUGUGGAGAGCAACCUCUAGUCUUGACAACAGUCUGGGUUGUUUGGGAAAUUCCAUGGGACCCCUUUAGCCAAAAACACACUUAGAUGUAACCCAAACCCGCUACUGGAAGCUUCAUUUGGUGACAAGAGAUGGCCAGUCGGGGCUCUCCCUCCCACAUUAUUUUGGUGAUUUCAUUUAGAUUGUCUUCAUAUAUGUAUAUAUAUUUAGGAAUCUUCUACUGUAUUAGGUUUCCAUACUACCCCUCAAAUGUCCCUUAAUUUUAGCUCUCUCUCCCCAUAUUCCCUCCCACAUCCCCCCCACACACACUUGAUCCUCCCAUUCAGGCCCCCCGGAUCCUUCCAUAACCAUCUAUUCUAUUUUCCUUUCCUAAUGAGGUCUAUCUGUCCUCCUCCCCCCACCUCCGGUCCCUUACUUUAUACCUAACCUCUGUGAUUCUAUGGGUUAUAGCUUAGUUUUCAUCAACUUAACAUAUAACAUUAAUCCACAUAUAACUGAAUACAUACCAUAUUUGUCUUUCUGGGUCUGGGAUACCUCACGGUGAUUUUUUUCUAGCUCCAUCAAUUUACCCACAAGUUUCAUGAUUUAAUUUUUUAAGAGGCUGAGUGAUACUCCAUUGUGUAAAUGUACCACUCUUUCUUUACCCUUUAUUUGGUUGAGGGACACCUAGGUUGUUUCCAAUUUCUGGCUAUUAUGAAUAGAGCAGCAACAAACGUGGUUGAGCAAGUGUCUCUGUGGUAUGAUGAAACAUCCUUUGGGUAUAUGCACAAGAGCGGUAUAGCUGGAUCUUGAAGCAAAACAAUUCCCAUCUUCCGGGGAACUGCCACACAGAUCUCCACAGUGCAGUGGCUGUACUAGUUUGCACUCUCACUGGCAAUGGAGGAGUGUUCCCCUUGCUCCACAUACCCUCCAGCAUGAGCUGUCACUUGUGGGGUUUUUUUUUUUUUUUAAUCUUAGCCAUUCUGACAGGUGUAAGAUGUAAUCUCAGAGUCGUUUUGAUUUGCAUUUCCCUGAUGGCUAAGGAUUUUGAACAUUUCAAGUGUUUCUCCACCAUUUGAGAUUCCUCUUUUGAGAAUUCUCUGUCUAGAUCUGUACCAUUGGUUUAUUUGUUUUUCUUGAUAUCAAGUUUCUUUGAGUUCUUUAUAUAUUUUGAAUAUUAGCCCUCUAUUGGAUGGCACACAAACUUCUUAAAUUGAAGACGGGACAAUCCAUCCACACUGUGAUUUUAAUAUCAAGGAAGAACAAGUGAGCAGCGACCAUAAAAGAAUAAACAACUCAAUAUUAUUAGUGGUUGGACAAUUGUAUAAAAAGACAGUAAAGAACCACCAUUCAGCAUCUCUUGGACUGACAGCUUUAAUAUAUCCUACUACUUGAUGUAUUGGCAAGUAUAUGUAACAAGGGCAAUCCCACCUGCUUGCUGCUAUAGAAUAAUUGAGAAAUUUCUGAAUAUUAAGGAAUAUUUUGCUAGCCUGUGACCCAUCGACUCUACUCACUUAUGCACUGUAAAACGUUUGUCAUAUGAGCCAGGUGGUAAGAUUAUUGAUGCUAUCAUUACCCAGGGGGAUGGAACCAGAAAAUAAAUGGGAAUUCUACAAACAUGAAACUGAAUACUCUGAGGAGUACCAACAGUGAUAUAGGUUAGUGGAGGGAACAUGAGAACAAUAUCAAACUGUUCAGAGUCUGGUGGGGAUACAAGGUUGAACAAAUGCAGAGGUGAGGGCACAGAGCAGGUUUUACAUAAAAAUAUUAAUGCUGGUGCUGGGGAAGUUAGGGAUCAGGGGAGGAAGAGGAUGCAGAAUGGAUGCACCACCAUACACAGACUCGGGCAAGUCUGUUUUUUACCUUCCCACAAGUAACCAGUGCCUUCCCUUUCUUUAUUAAAAAAAAGCAUUUAUUUUAUGUGUAUGUAUGUGUGUCUGAGCAUAUGUAUGUGCACCAUAUGCGUGCAGGAGCUUUCAGAGGUCAGAAGAGGCAUGAAUCCCCUGGGACUCGAGUUACAGAAGAUUGUGAGCUGUCAUGUGGGUGGUGGGAACUGAACCCAUGUCCUAUAUAAGAGCUAUAAGUGCUCUUAACUACUGGGUCAUCUCUCCAACCAAGGGAAGGCACUUUUUAAGACAGGACUAAGGGCAAAGCCAUUCCUCUGCUGGGAAGUGUGGAUUGAAGGAGAAUGUAAGAGAAAGUACUGCCCACUUAUCAGUGCUGAAGAAGUUUAGGCCUUGGGCUAGUCUUGUUCUCUCUUGUCCUUGGAUCAUUUGCCAAGCUGAGACUCUGUGAAGACGUGUUACAGAGAACCUGGUGGGCAACAAGCCUUCAAGGCUACAGCAAUAGUUCCAAUAACCUUGCCCCUUGCCGGGUUUGAGCAGGCGAGGUUAAGCCAGCUUCAUGUGCGUGCACACUGUUCCAGCCAAUCAGAGAGGCUCAUGCACCAGAAGGCGGGGCCUAACCAACUACCGUCGGUUUUGCUGUGAGGAAAAGGAGGCUCUGAGGAAACUGUGGUGAGCCUGGGUCAACGGAAGUCCCCAACUUUGUGGUAAAGGACCGUAUAGUAAAAGCCCCAGCAGUAGCAAAAUGAGGCUAAGGUUGAUUCAAGGCUGUUGAGGGAGGAGAUUGGGGAUUGAAAGGAGGUGAGAACCGGGUUAACCUGUGAGGCGAUAUUCCGGAGUCUCACUUCAACCUGGGACUGGACAAGACCCCUGAGGGUGGCUGAGGAAGGGGAUGGACCUGAGGGCUGAAGGUCCCGGGAGGAUCUGGCGGGAGGACCUGUGGUAUUGUGUUCCCCAAAAUAUUGUGUACCUUAAUAAACUUAUCUGGGGUCAGAGAACAGAAAAGCCACAAGAUACUUAGGCUAGAAAAUGUUAGCACACGCCUUUAAUCCUAGCACUCCAGAGACAGAAAUCCCUCUGGAUCUCUGUGAGUUCAAGGCCGCAUUGGAAACAGCCAGGCAUGGUGACUCACGCCUUUAAUCCCAGGGAGUGGUGGUAGAAAGCAGAAAGGUUUAUAAGGCAUGAUGACCAGAAACUAGAAGCAUUUGGCUGGUUAAGCAUUUGGCUGGUUAAGCAUUCAGGCUUCUAGCAGCAGUUCAGCUGAGAGCCAUUGGGAUGAGGACACAGAGGCCUCCAGUCUGAGGAAACAGGACCAGCUGAGAAGUUGGCCAGGUGAGGUUAGCUGUGGCUUGUUCUGUCUCUCUGAUCUUCCAGUGUUCACCCCAAUAACUGGCCUCAGGUUUGAUUUUAUUAAUAAGACUCUCUAAGAUUCCUGCUACAAGGACCGGCAGGACAAUGUGGAGGGUGUUAGGUGAAGUGAGUACCAUUUGUAACCCUUUGCCUCCCACUGGCUUUCACGGAUAGUUGGGUGCCCUGAGGUGCACCCUGAGAGUCUAUUUGGUGAAUGACUAGGACUCUCACCUGAAAGUGCUGCUUAGAGACAGAAACAGUCCGUCCAUCUCCAUACGUAAGCACGUGGUGAACUAGUCUUUCUGACCAGACACCAACACCGAGUCCUUGAUGCUGACAGGGUGAAACGAAUGAUAAAUGGCGCUGGUGGUGGCGCUGGUUACUGGCGAAAAGGUCAGGGUCACGACAGAACCCGGUUGCUUAGUAGCGGAGAGCUUUAUUAAGAGGAAGAGGAGGAGGGGUAAGAGGAGGAGGGAUAAAAGGACCAGGCCUGGGGAGGAAAGAGAGAGAAAGAUGGUGGGGUGGGGGGUGAGAGCGGAGCAGAGCAGAGAGAGGGUAGGACCCACGUGAAGGACUCCCAGUGAAGUGGGCUUAGGGAGGCACACCACUCAUGUGCUGAUUGCGUGACCACACCUUGGGCAGUCGCUAGCGCACACUGAUGACAUAAGAAAGACCCUGAACUGCGCGUGUGUAGCUGGAGUAAGGGCAGAAUUCUAACACAGGGUGUGGUGGAACCCUGGCUUGUCUCACCUGAGCAGUGGGGAGCAGAGGAGACUAAGUAUGGGGAUGAGUGGCGGGGUAAACCCCCAUUUUACCCUGAACACGGGAAGGAUUCGGACUGAGGGUGUGUGUGUGUGUGUGUGUGUGUGUGUGUGUGUGUGUGUGUGUGUGUGUGUGUGUGUGUGAUAGGAGGCAGUGCCGGGUUUUUUUCCUGGUCCCUCCUACUCGGGCACAAGUGACAGGACUCCAGGCUGCAGGAAGCUGCCCUUUUUCGCUGGACAGGGGAAGGAUGGGGAGAGUGGAAGGGGGGAAGGUGUGCGACAGGAGACACCAGCCAUCUUUUUUUUUUUAUACCCCUUCCUAUACCUCCAGCACAUGUGGAAAGGACACCAGGCCCAACUCCGUGCAAACCUGAUACCUGUUCUUGUGGCUUUCAUUUAACUCUUCCUUGUAUCUUUAACGUGUCUUUGCACACAUAAUGUUCAGGAUUCCUGUCUAGCACAGGGAGACUACAGUCAUGGCACCUAAGAUCAAGGGCAAACCUCCGAAGCAACCUGAAGUGACUCCUGAUCUGCCAUCUGAUGAUUUACAGCAGCUAUGUGAAAAUAACCCACCUGAAAAUAACCCAGGAAACAAUCCAGUCCUUGAAACUGGUGGGGAAAAUAGUUCUUCCCACAAAACAGGUGGACCAAAGCCAGGCCCUAGUAAGAAAUCUCUUCAUGGAAGGAGGAAAAGGUAUGUGCUGAAUGUCAGUAAUACUGUCUACAACCUCGAGCAGAAAACUGACCACUACCUGAAGUGCCAGCAUGAGCAAAGGCAGAAACUUUAUCAAGACUAUUCUCUUCAGAUUAUGAAUUUGAAUAGGAAGUUAUCCAUGGAUGCAGAUCAAGUCAAGAAACAGGCAGAAAAACUCUCUAAUAUGUUUAAGGAGCAACGAAAAUUUAUUCAUCAGUCUCUGAUUCUUCAGAAGAAGAGAAUGGAAGGCUUUAAAUCACUGUGUGAACAAUACUUGGAGAAACUUGAGGUACUGAGGGAUUCUCGGGGAAAUUCUGUGGCUGAAGAGCUGAGACAUCUAAUAGCCACCUUGGAAAUAAAACUUCUGAUGGUGAAUGUAAGUACUCAGUCUUUCACGUCGAAAAUGAUGAUCGACGAGCACUACUUAUUUUAUCCCAUUUAAUAUGUCCUUGUACUUAACAGCGCCAGCAAGAGAGUGCUGCUGCUCAACAGUCUCUCCUGGAUCUGUUAUUCUCAUAAUACCUUGAAGAAACGAAAGUCCAUACAAGGGGAGCGAGCGAUUGUUUCAUGGAAAUUCGCUGGGUGAAGCUGAUUGACAUUUGCAGCUUCAGUGACUACAUCUUCUUGCGUCCCCCUGUUCCUAAAGAUAAACCCAAAUAAACCCAAGGAUUUGUGUGACAGCAGUCCAAAGAUGUCUAUAGGAACCUCCAGCCCUCGGGUAGUAAUGGCGAGUUUUUCUUUUCUUGGUAGCAUCAUAAUUAACAGUUAGCACUGCGUUGAUGUCGAUACAGUGGGGUCUCAUACCUCAGCAUCACUUUCAGAAAUCAGAAGGCACAAGAGUGGUCCACCCUUGUCAUCUUCAGAGAAAUAAUUAAAGAAGACACACUCUUGCCAUUACAUUCCGCUAUUAAAUUUGUUCAGUCAUGGAGCCUAUGGGGAUGACCAUAACCGUCCAAAGGGAAUGUGCCCUGUAUACUUCAUAAAAGACUGUGCCCCUGAAUUAGUUAAACUGGUAGAAUUCCUUAAACCUCCCGAGUAAGAAAGAUGUGAGUAAUGUGACAUAAGUUUUUGGAAAUGUCACUUUCAGACAAAAUUUACAAGGUCUUUGAAUUAAAUGGGGUCUGCUACCCAAAUGUCAUCUGCCUGUCACACCUUAAGAGUUGAUCCUUAGCACCUGUACAGCUCAGUUCCUCAUAGUUUAUGUAUUUUGUCCUUUGCAUGGAUAGGAGUAACUAGGAAUGUUUUGUUUUUCAAAUUUAUUGUGCACGUAGUAUGUGAGCAUCAGUGAUAUACUGAGGUCUUCUGUACAGUUAAAGCUCUUGUCCUGUGAUUUCCUUUAUAUAUACACACGCACCAUGGGAAAUCUUUACCUGGAAACAUUUGAUUUAAUAAACAUGACAUUGUUUCAGACUUGCUGGGAUGAGUCAUUUAAUUGCCCUCCCUUCCUGACGUUUCAUGCCUUUUAAAACAAAAAUGGUCCCAUGCCGUGUAGAGGGGUGCUGUCACCCACGUUUCUGCAUGGGGCCAGUUGUAGUCCCGACCACUUGUCUCAUUGUGUCUUGUUGUGUAGAAGCACUGAAAACAGAGUGCGUUCAGCAUCUCCCCUUUUCUACAAGUGGAAUUCGUUCCUGUACAGUCAAUGAGGGCUUCCCCUCUGGGAUCACUUUACUUCCUAAACUUUGAAUUAUCUGGGGGAUCUUCCCUGCUUUGUGCAAAGUAUGUGUGAGUGUAUGGACCUUUAGUACUAUUUCCAGCUUUGAGUAUCUCCUACCUGAGAUAUUCUGAUGAUCGAUACCAAAUGAUAAAUACAUUACCAUAGCGGUGAAUCCUGUAUGGUUCGAGUGUGUGCAUGUCCCUGUGUGUGUGUGAACACUUUGGUAUGUGGAGCAUGUGUAUAUGAGUUCGUAUGUGUAGCACACAUGUGAGAAUGCGUGAGAAUGCGUGUGCGUGUGUGUUUGUAAAUCUUUUGGUAUGUGGUGCAUGUGUAUAUGUGUUCAUAUGGUAGGCACACCUGUGUGUGAAUGCAUGUGCAUAUGUGUGUGUGCGCGCACGCGUGUGUGCGCGCGCGCGUGUGUGCGCGCUUGCGCCCAAGGGGGUGCACAUAUGCCACCACACGUGCUUUUGCACGUAGAAGCAAGAGAUGUUCCAGGUAUCUACCUUAUUUUGAGACAGGGUAUCUCUCUGAACAUGGAGCUCAUCGAUUAGGCUAGAGCGUUAGGCCAUUGAGCUCCAGGAAUCCACCCUGUCUCUACCCUCCAGUGCUGGUGUUACAGACACUCACUUUGGGGCUGAGAUUUUUUUUUUUUUUUGAUUUAUUUCCCUUAUUUUAUUUAUAUGUAUGUGUGUAUGCCUCUAUGUACGUAUGUGCAAAUGUGUUCUCAGGUGCCCGUGGAGGGUGCCAGACCCCCUAGAGGUGGAGUUAUCAGUCAGUCUCAGGCCACCUGACAGAGGUGCUGGGAUUUGAACUCGGGUCUUCUGCAAGAGCAAAAAGUGCUCUUAACCACCGAGCCAUCUCUCCAGAACCCUGUGCUGAGGUUUUCAAAGGCUUGUAGGGAAUCUGAGCUCAGGACCUCAUGCUAGUUCAGCAAGCAUUUUACCCACAGAGCCAUCUCACCAACUCCAUGUAUAUAUUUGUUUCUUAGGAGCUUGAACUCAGAUAUUUUAUCUGUUCCUUGUACACACUGAUGAUGCAUACAGAACACAUUCUGACAGCUCUCAUUAUUUCACUGUGAGGCAUCUAAACUUUGCAGGUGUGGGUCUUCCUCCCUGGGUACACCUCAGCUCCUAUCACAGUAUCCCAGGCUGUUGGGAGCAGGCAGGUCCUUGUGCUCAUGGAUCUCCAUGGAAACCAGGAAUGUUAAGGAUGCAGAAUUGUCUUUUCAAUGGAAAAGAUGUAAAACCUGUUCUUCCAUCCAGAAAGCUGGGGAUUGGAGGUGAUUAAUAGCCUGGUGAUCUGCACUCUCUGUUGGGCCAGACCAUAUCAAACUCCUACAAACAGGACCAGAAGUAGCUAAUAAUCUAAAGGGCCCCAACAGCCAGGGGCUCCCAAAAUCAGGACCAGAGAUACCAAAGAGCCCAAAUGACCUUACAUUGCUUGUAGAGCCAGGAGCUCCACCAAGCUCCCAAGCCCAGCACCAGAUAUACCUAAGAGUCUAAAUGACCCUUACAUUCCUUGUACAGCCAGGGUCUCCCUUAAGCUCUGACAAGCAGGACCAGAGAUACCAAAAAGCCCAAAUGACCUUCACAUCCCUUGUACAGCCAGGGACUCCCACAAGCUCCCACAGCCAGGACCAGAGAUACCUAAUAGCCCAAAAGGCCUGACAUUCCUUGUACAGCCAGGGGUACCCCCCCCCCCCCAAACUCCCACAACCAGGACCAGAGAUACCUAAGGGUCUAAAUGACCCUUACAUUCCUUGUACAGCCAGGGGAUUCCGCAAGCUCCAACACCAUUACCAGGUACACCUAAGUGCCUAAAUGACCAUUAUAAUCCUUAUACAGCAGGGACUCCCUCAAGCUCCCACAACCAGGACCAGAGAUACCUAAGAGUACUAGUAACCCUUAAAACCAUGCAUGUCCAGGGGCUUCCCCAAGCUCCCACAACCAUGACCAGAAAUACACAAUAGCCCAAAUGAUCCUUACAUUCCUUGUACAGCCAGGGAUCCCCGAAGCUCACCAAACCAGGACCUGAGAUACCUAGGAGUCUAAAUGACCCUUACAUUCCUUGUACAGCCAGGGGCUUCCCUAAGCUCCCACAACCAGAUCCAAGAUACCUAAUAGCCCAAAUGACCCUUACAAUCCUUGUACAGCCAGGGUCUCCCCAAGCUCCCACAACCAAGAUCAAUGACCCUUACAUUCCUUGUAGAGCCAGGGGCUCCCCUAAGCCCCCACAACCAGAUCCAGAGAUACCUAAUAGCCCAAAUGACCCUUACAAUCCUUGUAUAGCCAGGGGCUCCCCCCAGUUCCCACAACCUAGACCAGAAAUACACAACAGCCCAAAGGACCCUUACAUUCCUUGUACAGCCAGGGUGAUGGGGGAAUGUCUUUCUGUAGGCUGCGAAUUUGUGUUGCUCUGAUUGGUUGAUUAAUAAAGCCAUUUGGCCUAUGGCAAGGUAGCUUAAAGGCAGGAGGGAAAUUCAAAGGGGGAGACAGGAAGAAAGGAGGAGACGCCAGCCCGCCGUCCAGGGAGAAGCAUGUAGCGGCACACAGGUAAAGCCACAGAACACGUGGCGACAUAUAGAUUAACAGAAAUGGGCUAAGUUUAAGUGUAAGAGCUAGUCAGUGGUAAGCCCGAGCUAAUGGCCGAGCAGUUUUAAUUCAUAUUAAGCCUCUGUGUGUUUACUUGGGUCUGAGCAGCUGCAGGACUGCGGGACCAUGGGACCAGGCAGGACACAGAAAACCUUCAGUUACACCAGGGCUCCCCUAAGCUCCCACCCCAGGACCAGAGAUACCUAAGAACCUAAAUGACCCUUGCAUUCAUUGUACAGCCAGGGGCUCCCCCAGCUCCUACAACCAGGACCAGAGAUACCAAAUCGUCCAAAUGAACCUUACCUUCCUUGUACAGCUAUGGGCUUGCCCAAGCUCCCACAACCAGGACCAGAGAUACCUAAGAGUCUAAAUGACCCUCAUAUUCCUUGUAUCCAGGGGCUCCCCCAAACUCCCAAAACCAGGAACAGAGAUACCUAAUAGGCCAAAGGACCAUUACAUUCCUUGUACAGGCAGGGGUCUGUAGUGGGUAGCCAUUCCAGCUUUGAUCUGGAAGUUCCAACCCCCACUGAGGCUUCGGUAACAGUCACGCCUACAAGGCGGGGCCAAGGGAGGACCCUGAAGACCCGAGAUCCGGAUGCACCAGCCCUCUUGGUUCCUGGACCCUGGACGCUGGAGGUAGGCCGAGCAGAGUUCUCCAGAGAGCACCGCUGGACUGCGCCACACCUUUCCCAGACCCUGUAAACUAUCCCUUCACUUGCAAGUUACCCCACAAAAUAAACCUCCCUUUUAACUA